AUGGAGGUCUACUUGAUUACUUGCUGUCACAAGACAACAAUCUUCAUUAAGGCCAAAGAGACAACAACUGUGCAUGAGCUGAAAAAGAUGGUGGAGGGAAUACUGAAGACACCAGAGGAGCAGCAAGUCUACAGAGAUGACCAGCUGCUGGAUAAUGAUUACAGGUCUUUGUUAUACUGUGGCUUACGCCAAAGCUUCCUCCCUUAUGUUCCUGCCAUGGUGGGCUUGACUUUAUUUAAACCUGGCAAUAUCACCUUUGAACUGUUGUGUAGACCCUUCUCAAGCAGCCCAGAGCUACCUAAUAUUAUAAAGUCACAGGAGUCUGGUAGCCAUUCUUGUGAGCAAACCUUGCACUAA